AUGACCAUUUCCGGCGCAAUGGCAGCAACGUUCGUGUUCAGAAACAACUGCAAGGAGACGAUCUACCCCGGCGUGCAGACGAACCCAGGCAGGCCGGCAUUCCCGACCACCGGCUUCCAGCUUCAUCCCGGCGCAGAAGCCCAAUACCACGGCGUCGCGUCCACCUGGGCCGGCCGCAUCUGGCCUCGCCGCCACUGCUCCCCCGGCGCCCCGGGCGGCUUGUCCUGCGCGUCCGGCGACUGCGGAGGGAGGCUCGAGUGGGCCGGCGCCGGCGGCCAGCCGCCGUGCACGCUGGCGGAGUUCACGCUCGGCGGGUCGGGCGGCAAUGACUUCUACGACGUCAGCAACGUCGAUGGCUUCAACGCCCCUCUCCUGAUCGCGCCGGUCGGCGGCGCCGGCUGCACGACGGUGACGUGCGGCGCCGACAUCAACGCGGCGUGCCCGCCGGAGCUGGCGGUGAAGGCGGGGGACGGCGGCACGGUGGGGUGCAGGAGCGCGUGCCUGGCGUUCAACACCGACGAGCACUGCUGCCGCGGGGAUUAUGGGACCCCCGACAGGUGCGGGCCGGGCAGGUACUCGAAAUUCUUCAAGGCGCAGUGCCCGCAGGCCUACAGCUACGCUUACGACGACGGAAGCAGCACCUUCACCUGCGCCACCGGCGGCAACUACAACAUCGUCUUCUGCCCUUGA